AUGGUGGAAGUAUUAACUGAACUAGUGAGACAACAACAAGAGCAAAUGCAACAACCUGUGCCUUCUUCGCCGCCUCCAGUCCAAAUUGAGCUAAAUAAUGAUGACAUCAUUGCUCUUACACAAAAAUACAAGAAAAUAAAGCCACCGGAAUAUUUGGGGGGUAUUGAACUGCUAAAAGCUGAGGCUUGGGUGCUUGAAACUGAAAAUAUCUUUGAAGUGUUCCCGUGUACUGACAUACAUAAAGUUUUGUUGGCAACAUUUACUUUAAAAGAAGAAGCUAGAAGAUGGUGGAUGCUCGUCUGGGAUGAGAAUAGAGACUUGACAUGGGAUCGGUUCAAAGAAAUUUUCUACGAAAAAUACUUCCCGCAAUGCAUUCGAGAUAGAAAUGUAUCACAAUUUGAACAACUAAAACAAGGUGAUAUGACUGUGGCCAAAUAUGAGGCAAAAUUUACUAAGUUAGCCCGAUAUGCACCUCAUAUGGUUGACAUUGACUAUAAAAAGGCAAGGAAAUUUGAGGGUGGAUUGAAUGUCGAAGUGCUUGACUGGGUAAAUGUUUUGAAAUUGGUAAAGUAUGUGGACGUACUUGAUAGGGCCUUGAUGUCUGAAGCAAAUAUUGUUGCCUUGAAAAUGUCUAAGUCAACAGCAACAACCGAAGGAGAAAGUAAGAAAAAAAGAAAUAGAGAGCUAAAAUGA